CGGCACUGCGCUCACACAUUCACGGGGAUCUUACAUAGCAUCGAUCUGGUCGUCAGCCUACCACCAGCCCCGCUCUGUAACCUAAGAGUCUGGUGUUGGCGCCCCUACGCCCUCGCGCCCCUUUUCCUGUACUCUAAAACCAAAAUAAAAAAAACAAAAACUAGUGGAGAUGAAUUUGUUUUGUAGAUCUUCAUAGUAUGUGGUUUAGUCUGUUUGUUUGUUUUUAACGGCUGCUGUAUUUGUGUCAUUCGCCUUCAAGGAAUUUAUCAAUCUCGCGACGUGCUGAUAAAUAUUCAUGAGCGGCUGGAGAAAAAGAACGGAAAGUCCAUAAAUCCUGAGUUUUUUAUUGGUUGCUAGCGACGCUGAAUGGUGAAUGGCUCUUUGGAAAUUACUUCAAAUACUUAAUAUAUUUCUCUGAAGAGUCAAAGCAUUUUUUUCCAUUGUCAGGAGCCACGUGUUGUGAAUUUUGCAAGUUCAUCAUUAGUUCUUCGGAAUUGUAAAUUUCACAUAAAAUAGAAAAGUAAAGUUCCCCUUUCAGACCUUGCGAUCAAUGGGGCAGAUGAUGUUAUGGUCAUCUGUUUCUAUGGCCAACGGUUAAAGAGCGGGGUGUUAUGUGGCCAGAGCAACGACCAACGGCAUUUAGUUUCCCCUACUUAAGUCAGUACUGUCUCGUUACGUCAUGCGUUGCUCUGAUGACAUCGAAAAUUGAAGUCAUUCAACUGGGAAAUACAUUUGAGAGUUAAGGAGUUCUCAACUUUUGGAUAAAUAUUGCUUAAUAUGGUUGAAACAUAACUUUUACGGGAUACUUUGAGAUUCGGCCUAGUGGAUUUAUCCAUCUAUACAUAGUGGAGUUAUUUAUAUUUAAAUAGUGGAGGUUUUUAUUUAUACAUAAAGAAGUUAUCCAUCGGAUACGAGGUAAUGAUUGCGUCCACUGAGUCAAGGCCAGGAUCGAUCAAUUUCAAACCAGAGAGGACACAGUUCAUAGACUGACCACCAUGUUGAUAUUGAGCCUUGGGAUUUGUCUGGUCUGCUCUUGGAUCGUGCUGGCCGCUAAACAAACUGGAGACAGCCAACGGGCGUCCAACAACACGUUUAACAGACGGGACGUACUCACGCAGCUACUCAACAAUCAGAGCAACGGUUACGAUCCACGAGUGCCGCCGGACUAUGAGGAAGACUACGCUACAGAUGUUAAGAUCAAGAUACAUAUGUUGAGUUUUGAUUCAGUUAGUGAGACUACCAUGGACUAUUCUAUGGAGAUUUAUAUCAAUAUGAUAUGGAUGGACAAGCGGCUGGAGUACACACACUUGCCGACCAACUUUACGUCUAUGGAGGUCGACUCUAAGCUGAUGGAGUUGGUCUGGGUGCCCGACGCGUACUUCCGGAACGAGAAGCGUAGCUCUUUCCAUGACGUCACUGUCCCCAAUAAAUACAUGCACAUUUACAAGACUGGCCAGGUGCGAUACAGUUUAAGGCUGUCACUUACACUCAGCUGUAGAAUGAGAUUACAGAAGUAUCCACUAGACACACAGAUCUGUCCUAUGGUCAUUCAGAGCUAUACUUACACCACAGAGAAUGUGAUGUUCAAAUGGGUGGAGAACGAGCUCCCCAUCACGUAUGACAAAGAAAUCACCCUACACACGGAGCUGCCCCAGUUCUCCAUUGUUGAGAACACGACAGAGUCCUGCAACGGAACCAUGGACUCAGACUCACCGAAAUUCGCCUGCAUCAAAGCUUUCUUUACCCUGAAGAGAGACAUUGGCUUCUACAUCAUUCAGAUCUAUGUGCCCAGCAUCCUCAUCGUGAUGCUCUCGUGGGUGGGCUUCUGGCUGGACCUCGAGGCCACCCCAGCACGUGUGUCGCUCGGCGUGCUGACUGUGCUGACGCUCAACACGCAUGGCUCCAACACCCAGGCGCAACAGCCGAAAGUGUCUUAUAUCAAAGCUAUAGACGUCUGGGUGGUCAGCAGCCUGAUUUUUGUCUUCGCUGCCUUCUUAGAGUUUGCUUACGUCAAUGUCCUGUCCAGGAGAGGCGAGAAGCUGCAGGUCCUGAACGAGGUCCCCAUCGCGCCAACAGAGCCAAAAGAGGACUUCUCUCCAAUGAUCAAUGGCAAACUCUCCAGGCAACCAGGGGCGCCUAACCCUGCUGCAAUUUUCAAACAACGUGCAAGACGAGUGGACAAGAUGUCAAGAGUUCUGUUCCCUUUGUCCUUCUCCGUGUUCAACAUCUUGUACUGGAUGAUCUACCACUUCUCCUAAACCAGGCCGAUGACGUCAUCAAUAGUUGUGUCCUUUUUAGUUCCGCAUUCACGUGUGAAAUGGGCGGGUCAAAUUGAACGAGAAGCAAUCUGCCAGGGCAUCGACUAAACAGUUGUUUGUUUUUUUGUUUGUUUGGUUGUUUUUUUUUUUGCUAAGAUGUGCUAAAAUUCUGCAUAGAUCGUCUGACAUGUAUGGAUUUCCUUUAAUGAGCCAAGAGGAUUGAACCCACGCCUUGCGCCGACAAAAGUGGUUCGCAACAUAAGGUUAUGUCUGUUCAUUUUAAUGAUUUGUUGGUGAAAUGUUAUUCCAAGCUAAGCCUCAAUGCCCGGGCAGAUAGUUUCAUUCAUGCCACAGGGAUUUUUUGUGCCACAACUUUCACAGUGAAUGACAUUUGAAAUGCAAGUUUUAAAUCUACAAGGACAACAAAAUGUUUUAAUGAUUAAUGUUUCAAUAAUAUGUAAAUACAUUUAAACCAUCCUAAUUUCAACAAAACAAUCUAUGUUUGAUUAACUAUACAAUUCCUGCUUGUUUUUAAGACAGCGUUUAAUACUCACAUUAAUGUGAAAGAAGAUAAGUGUUUACUUCACACAUAUACAUAGAUAGCUAGAUAUGACAGUGAUUGACAGUGAUAUAGAUACCCAUAGUUUAGAGUAGAGCAAAGAGUACAAUCGCCAAUAGACUUCUAAAUCUAAUCAAACGGAAAGGGGUCAGCAGAAACUUAAAGAACUAAAAAUAUUUAAGUAUUAUAAACAUAUAUAUAUUAGUAUUAUAAACAUGAGAUACAAUGUAGAAAUGCAUUUCAGCCUAGUCGCUUGGUAUGCGCUCUGGACUGUCGUUCAGUGGUCUCCAUAAUCCCGGGUUCAAACCCUGCCUGCUGCUCUCUCCCGUCAUCUCUCAAGUUUGGGCUAGGAUGUAUUUAUAUUUAUAAAUCUGAAGGAGGAUCCGAGAUGCGUACACUAUUUUACAAAAACUUAAAUACCUUCAAGUGUUCAUACCCUAGCAUAGGCUAUCAUUAAUGAAGUGUAUUUUACAAUUUCCCUUUAGAUCUUAUUAAAUCUGGCCCUGAUUGAAAUAACCCACACAUAUAUUUAGUACAUACAUCUAGGAAUGUAUGUUGAUUAAUGCUUCCAUUAGUGUAAUUAAAUCUUUUUUUUUUGUCAUUACCAUCGUUGUGUAGAUCAGAGCAGUUUGUUUUUUCUCUCUUUAUUGAAUCUUUGAAUUCUCUUCUUCUGUGAUAAUUAAACUUUUUUUUUUACAAAUCUUUGGAUGACUUUAUUUAUAUCACCAUGUCUUUUUAAUAACUUUGUUGAACAAUCAUUUAAUUUAAUUAAUAGUGACUAUCAUUUUAUCACCUGUGAAUAGUACUUCCGAAUGCCCUAAUUGUUUGCAUGGUGUGGAUUGGAUUCGUUUCAAAUGACAUUGUUUUUAAUUUACGAAAUCCUAUCCACUCUAGACUAGUCCAGACAUCUCUAUAUCCAUAUCAACUCUAGACUAGUCCAGACAUCUCUAUAUCCAUACAAGUAAUAUGUUAUUUCUCCAAUGAAAUACAGCAUGCAUGAAAGAAAUAUAUGAUACUGUCCUUAUGUUUCAUAACAUAUAUAUACAUCACUUAUCUAUAUUUUCAUAAACGUUAUGGCCCUUCUUAUAAGUCGUCUGCUACUUUGAGUAAUUUACAAAAGUUCACUCCCCUGAAAUAUAACUUCUAGAUUUGGAAAAAAAAAAAUAAUAAUUUUAUCAAGUGUAAGUAUUGGUUAUAUGUUGUUUUUUUUUUUAGUGGUAGUAUGUCGUCGGUUGGGCCACGCCCCCAAAGUUCGUAAAUUUAUGUACAUGACGUCAACCAAAAAUUAUAUGCACAUUUUUGAAGAUACCUACUAUUGCUACCAAUCAAUUGAAAGGAUGCUGUGUAAACAAAAAUGUAUACUUCAUUUUCACCAUUGUAUUUCUAUGAACAUAAUUACAAAACGACUUAUGCAUUGUAUAAAUACGAUUUAUUAAUAAAAAUGUAUAUUUAUGUAUUAUGUAAGAAAUACUUCUUAUUCUAUUUUCUCUGGUGUGUGUGUAUAUAUAUAUGAAACUCACGGUAAUUAAUUAAAUGUUUUUCUUCCAUUUCUUUUCUUACACCUAGCACUUUUUUAACACUGCUGCUUAUUAGAGUAUUUAAUUUUUGAUCAGUUGUUUCGGAGAUUGGUACUUUUCCCGCCACUUUUGACUUCUGCUAACAUUGCAAUAAUAUUUUGAUUGGUCUACUCCAUGUCAUGUAUUUAUUUGUUUUGUUUUUUUAAUUAUGUUUUUUUUUAAUAUGUCAAUGUACAUGCAAUCGUUAUUUCUCCAAGGCAGAUGUUUGCUGUUGUGUGUGUGUGUUAGCAGACGACAAGUUUGUUGAUUCAUUUUGUGGAACUUUUUUUUUAUUAAUGCUCAUAGCAUGUCAACAAUAAUGAUGCGGCGUUUUCUUAAACGAGGCUUACAUUCUAAUGUACUUCGGUGUUAAGGGGAAGAGGGGCAGGGGGUAGCGCGGCCAUUGUCCUUGACACAAAAGAAGCAGAAGGCUAGACCUUUUUACGACAUCUUUACGACAUCUUAUAAUCAACUCAUUGAAACGACUUUUGAGCAAGCUAUUUGUCCCACUUCCCUUUCUUGAAUCCAGUCCAAACUUUGCGCUUUUUUUUUUACUGUCGAAGACCAAAAAUUAAUUAAAUAGUAGUAAUUAAUAAAAUCUGUUAAUUAAUCCAAAAGGGAAACAAUUUUUACAGUGUUUAGAAAGAUGGUUGUAAAUAUAGAGUUAUUCCCCUUAUAUAAACUUCCUCUUUCUUUUAAUACAAAGCUUAUAUCAACUCUCACUGUAUGGAACAAAUUUUGAACACGUUAUUUCUCCCGGUUGCUAUUCUGGGAUCAAGUUGAGACUCCGCAUAGCCAUACACAACAAUGAGACAGCAUAUGUUCGGAAGCUUAAGAUUGAGACUAGUAAGACUCGCCCUUGUGAAUGCUGAUCAUGUGCCACAAAGCUGCUUACUCUACUGAGAGGCGUGAACAAGACACUGGCCCCGAAACCUCCCACCCUAAA